UCCCGCCCUUUGCUGAGCACAGACAGACGGUGCGAAGCAGAGAGAGAGAGAGAGAGAUAAAGAGAGAGAGAGCUGCUAUUACUAGUGACAGAAAACGGCACCGAGCUCAUACGGUCUGGGUAGCCGCUGCUGUGACAAGAUGCUGAGCGUCGCCGUGCUCUGUGUGUGCGCCGUCGCCUUUGGACGCGUCUCCGCUCGCUCGGACAGCGGCAAUUUUCUGGACGAUAAGUGGGUGACCGGCAGAUGGGAUAAAUUCAGAGAUGAAGUUGAGGAGCCUGGAACAUGGACUCCAUCCAAGCCCUUCGAUCAAGCCCUCGAUCCAGCCAAAGACCCCUGUCUGAAGAUCAAAUGCAGUCGCCACAAGGUGUGUGUGGCUGAGGAUUACAAGACUGCCUCUUGUGUCAGCCAGAGGAGAGUUAGUUUUGAAGGUGCCAAUUUGCACCCAAGUGCCGGGUCGAAGUGCAAGCCGUGUCCUGUGGUUCACCCCUCGCCUGUUUGUGGCAGUGAUGGCCACACCUACUCCACUAAGUGUAAACUUGACUACCAGGCAUGCAUCACGGGGAAAAAAAUUACCGUCAAGUGUCCUGGCAUGUGUCCUUGUCCCUCUCUACCUGAGCAGAGUUCUGCUGAGAAAAAAGCCUGCAGUGAAUCAGAUCUGAAGGAGGUGGUGAGUCGCCUAAGAGACUGGUUCAGAGUGCUGCACGAGAACGGAAACCACAAGAGAGUCAAGAUCCAAAAACCGGAGAAGAACAAGUUUGAUGUCGGGGCAUCACCUAUCUGUAAGGACCCUCUGGGGUGGAUGUUCUCCAGACUUGACACCAACUUUGACCUCCAGCUUGACCAGUCAGAAAUCAAGAGCCUUUAUCUGGACAGGAACGAGCCGUGCUCCGACGCUUUCUUCAAGUCAUGUGAUACGCAUCCCGACAAAGUCAUAACCAGCUCCGAGUGGUGCACAGGCUUCCAGAGAUAUACAGAUUCGCCGUGCAAAGCAGAGCUUUCCAGCAUCAGCAAAAAGCAAGCUGGGAAGAAGUUACUUGGUCAGUAUUUACCUUCCUGUGAUGAGGAGGGUUACUACAGGCCGCACCAGUGUCACAGCAGCAGUGGUCAGUGCUGGUGUGUGGAUCGCUUUGGCAACGAGGCUGCAGGCUCCCGCACCCACGGUCCUGCAGACUGUGGAGUAAUUCUGGAGUCUUCAGGGGACAUCGGCAGCGGUGACUCACUCUUCACCACAGACGACGAAGAUUCAUUCGUCUUAAAUGACCAGGCAGGUAUGGACGACGAGGAUGAUGAAGAUGACGACGAAGAUGAAAAUGAUGAAUAUUUGUCAUAAAUUUUUGGAAAAACAAAAUACCAGAAAAAAAGAACAUGAAAUAAUUGUAUGUUUGGUUAAAUUGCACGUUUCUCGGUGAUCCUCCCCCUGGCAGAUAAUUCAUCAUACUAACAACCUACAGAUUAUUCACUGCGUAUUGUUUCUCCAUCAGUUUAAGAAGAGAGAAAAAAACUAUAUUUUAGGAACUGUGUCAGAUUUUCCUCCUGUUUAACUAGAAGGUAUACUUGUACACUUGUAUUUCAACCAAACAGAGAAUAUAACUGAUAAACCUGUCCAUUGGUUUGGAUUUGGUCAUUUGUGCAAAGACCUUUCCUUUCAGAGGACGGUUCGUAUGUUUUAGUGUUUCGUGUCUUCCCGAAACACUCCGAUGCCUGAGUGUGUUGAUGCCUGAAGGCUCAACAAUAAAGAGAUUUCCCUUUUCCCUCAUUCCUCCAUCCUCUUCACUUCAUCCGUCUGAUCUUUUUAUUUUUAUCGAGUGUUCCCGUGUAUAGGUGGGGCGGUGAUGAUGUAGAUAAGAGAAUGUUGCACUUAUUAAGUUUCUUUUGAUCAUUUUUUAAACUGUGACUGUAACUUUAUAGAAAAAAAAAACAAGAUAAGGUUUAGACAUGCUUCAUCAGACAAAUUUAGGCAUGAAGAAAAUUAUGAUCAUGAUAAGAAAAAAUAAAAACAAUCAGAAAUAUGAGCUGUUGUCAGAUGCAGAUCUAGCCAAAUCAUCACAGGCUUAGAAAGGAUAAAAAAAUAUAUUAAUGUUUGGCCUAAUGGGUUUUUUUGUUGUUAUUUUUUUGCUGCAGAGGGGUAUUAUUGUUAUCUAUUUUUCUAAUCCAUUGUAGGAUACUGGAGAUGAAACAGAUUUGUCUCAGCAUGUCUAAUACUGCGUGAUGUUUCCGUCUGUAGAGGCAAAGGCCAAAUCUUUGAGGAACUCAAAAUGAAAAAGAACAACAAAAAUAAAGCUUUGAGUUGUUAUAAAAGAAAAAAACUGUUCAAGCUUGUACAGAUGAAAGCUCCUCAGAGUUCAGAAAAAAUGAUGUUGAUGUUUUUAUAUUGCAGAUACACGAUUUUAGUACAAGGAAUAGCAGAUUCAAUUUCUGAAAGAAAGAAAGAAAGAAAGAAAGAAAGAAAGAAAGAAAGAAAGAAAGAAAGAAAGAAAGAAAGAAAGAAAGAAAGAAAGAAAGAAAGAAAGAAAGAAAGAAAGAAAGAAAGAAAGAAAGAGAAAGAUUGUUGGAAAGAUAUGGGGGAACUAAAAAGUGUACACACCGCUGUUUAAAAGUCAGCUUUUGAUAUGUAAAAAUUAAAAUAUGAUUUUAUGUGACAACUAUUGUUUGUAUACCACCUGAUAAAGAACAAAAUCUGUUUUGGGAUAUGAUAUGGAAGAAAAACUCACUCAUAUAAAUUCAAUAUAUAUAUAUAUAUAAUUGUUGCCCAAUUAAUCAGUAAAGAAACUUAACAGAAGACUUACAGAAGUUAAUUUUGACAUGCAGAGGAUGACCUGUACUUACAAACAAUUCUUACAGCUGUGUCAGCAUUGCUGCCAGCUUCUUCUGUGCUUUGCUGACCAGUGUCAGUUUUCAAUUAUGGAGAGGAUCCUAAACUAGAUCAGCUAAACUUUGUUCCAGUUAAAUCUAAAUAAUUAAAUAGAAUCCCAUAUACAAACUACAGAAGGCUGAAAAUCUAAAAGUAGUUGAACAUUCUGCACAGCUACUCAACCUGGUUAUUUCAGCCUUUUUUUGUUAGACUGCUACACUUUUCCAUCUAACAGUUUUUCUUCUUUUUCAGUUGAGCUGCAAAAGAUACGUGUCACAUUGAGGUAGAGAAUCUGUUUAAGGAAUUUAUCAUUCUUUUUUUCAAAGUGUAAAAACCUGGCAUUUUAACCAGCGAUGUGCUGCCUUUUGAGAUCCUCUAUAUGCUGCAGCCGUUUCAUGUUGAGGUGUGCCUUUUUGCUCUUAAAGGCUUCUGAUAGGCUGGAAGAACUGACUGCAUAUGAGUUGCUUUACUCUUAUUGUUGCAUAUUAAAGUUCACUGACUUAGAUCUGACAUGGUCUCAUCUUGGAUAGUAACCACAGCUUUCAUCUGGCUUUUAAUUUGUCACAUAGGGUAGCUAGAAUAUAGAGAGAUACUUCGCAGUUAGAGCAUAUAAACACUGCUGGAUAUUCAAACUGUUUUAUAUAGAUUAUAAACCGGCUACAGGAAGCUUUGGAUUUGAUAGCUUUAUACAAGAAGAUAUUCAGCAUUUGCUUUCACAUUGUUUCAGUACCUUUAUCUGAUCUGCUGUAUUAAUUUCUAGGGUAAAACUGCCAGAGCAAAAUCCACAACAAAUAUCUCUGAUCUCAGAUGUCAGUUGGCUCUAAGUCCCAGUAAUUUCUCUACCAUUUGACUUCAUUCUUAGUCUUUUGAAAAUCCUAAGACCUGAAAAGUGCCAUCUAAGUGUUAGUUUUUCUGUUUUUUUUUUUUGUUUUUUUUUUUUCUUUUCUUUCACUGUUUGAAUUGAAUUUCAAAACUGGAAAGCAUUUCAGUCUGGAAGCGUUUCAUGACUGUAAUGACAUGCAAAUGUUUUUAAUGACCUUGGACACUGUAGCCACUCUUAUCACCAAUCCCACACUGUCAUCACAGCUCUGAUAGCAUUAGGUUAUGAUACAUAUGCAUUUUUUUUACAGUGUAUGUAUAAUUUGCUGAAAUAAAAGCUAUAUUGACCAA